AUGGCCCCCCUCCGGCUUGCCGCCGCGGCAUGCGCCGCCAGUGGGCCCAUCGCCGCGGCCCUCACGCUGUCGCCGCCGGCCCCGCGGGGCCUCGCCCGGGCGAGCGAGGAAAACCCGGUGGGAAGCCCGAGGCCCGCGGACCUCGCCGCCUGGGCCAACGGCCCUCGCACCGUGGAGGCGAGCACGCUCCACCACGCCGAGGUCCGGAGCCUCGUGGGCGACUACAACCUCAGCAUCGCCGCGUACGGCCGCUGGGAGGACUCGAUGGUGUCCGCCGAGCUCCUCGCGGGGAACGGGCGGUGGGAGACCCGGCACGUCAAGGAGCUGUGCCGCCUCUACCGCGAGAGCGGCGCCGUGGGCAACUUCCUCGACAUCGGGGCCAACAUCGGCACCUUCGCCAUUCCUUUGGCGGACUGCCUCGGAGGCGGCGGACGAGUGCUCGCCGUGGAGGGGAUGCCGCCCACCGCGGACCACCUCGUGGCAGGCAUCUUGGACAGCAGGCUGAAGAACGUGGACGUGUACCCUUACGCCGUGGGCGCGUCCGGGGAUCCGAGGACGGUGACCAUGUCACUCAACCCUGUCAACAAGGGCGGCUCUGCCGUCAAGGGCAACAAGCCCUUCACCAACAUGACCGACGACCAGUUGCAGGACUUGUUCCACCCGGGCAAGAAGGCACAGAAGUACGCCCAGAAGGUUGUGGUGAAGGAGUUCUCUGUACCUCUCACCACCGGUGACCAUAUGCUCUAUCACAACCCAGCCAUGAAGGCCAUCGUGAUCGCCAAGGUCGACAUCGAGGGCUACGAGGGCAGGUUCAUCCGAGGCUCCAAUACCCUGUUUACCAAGUACCCCCCGUGCUUCAUGACCAUCGAGCUGAUUCCGGAGUGGCUGGAGCGCGCUGGUACGCCAGCACAGGAGAUUCUGGACCAGCUGACCGCCUGGGGCUACAAGGACGUCCCCACCCUCGCAGGGCUCAUGAAGUCGAACGUCGAAGCCAAGACCCGGACAGUGGUGCAGAGGGACAUGGCGAAGUGCCUGCAGCGCGUGAGGUCCUACGCCUCCCAGCAGUGA